AUGGAGUCCAACAAAUGGGGUGACGGCAAGUACUGCGAGAACGGCCUCAAGUUCUAUUGUUGUGAAAUAGAUCAGGCCAAGAGUAUUGACUGCUACUGGAAUGACGGACUUUCGUGCAAGAACGACGAUGUCGACAUGACUUACGAUUAUGAAGGUUUCGUGUUUGGCAGAGUCUUCUGCUGCUCUCCGACUGAAGCCAAGCGUUGGAACAACUGUGCAUGGCAUGGCAAAGAGGGCAAUUGCUUCGACAAUCACUGCGACACGAUUAGUCAGGUGCAGCUGGCCGAAAGCAAGAGCGGCGAAGGCAAGACCUGCGGUGUCCACUUGGAAAGACAAAGAGUAUACUGCUGUGAUCCAGCAGACGGUCAAUCUCUGUUCCUUCCCGUUCCUCUGGAUUAUCUCUUCCCAGAUGCACCAGACGAGGAUACCGCGGAUGCUGAAUACAAGCUCAAGGUGGAUCCGACCUGGGGAGGCGAGGUCAAGGCUUCCGAUGAUGAGCCCAACGACGCUGCCUUCGGAUUUUUCGUGCUUGCUUCGCCUGAGGAAAUCCAGACAUCGCUCGACAAGCGUGACGGAUCCCACUGGGAGCUCUUCGAUUGUUUUGACGAUGUCAGCGAGGGUACACACACGAUUCGUAUGAUCUGUUCCGACACCUCUGAAAACAGCAACUGCAACAAGAUCCACCUGGGCAAAGGAGUACCAGGAACCAUCAUCGAGAUGCCCGACAAGUGCGGUCCCGGCAAGUAUGCCGUAGCCAAUGGCAUACAGGUCUCCUCGAACCAGACUCUUCCGGAUCACUUGAACAAAAGAAGCUUCCCUGAAGAUGCAGUUGUCCAUGAUCUGACCUUCAACUACGACUUCACCCUGGUUCCACGCGACUUUGGCGACACACAAAUGCGACUUGACUUCUCCAACGAAAAGGGAUACUGGGACUCUGUGGUCGACAAGGCUGGAAACAGCAAGAGAAAGCGUUCGCUAGAGGACCACAAAGGCAACCACAGACGUUGGCUUGAGGAAGAGUGGCGAGACGACUAUCACAUGGGUGCACGAGAGUCGUCGGAUCUUCAUAAACGAUGGUUUGGCGAGGACGUCCUAGACUGGCUCAAGGGUCUACUCAACGUGGCUUCUAGUGGAGGUCUCGAGAUUCAACACACCGUCGAUCAGACCAUCACUGCGAUCCUCAUCAACGAACAGUACGGACCUUGCAAUUUCAAGGGCGUCGAGGUUCAGGCCAACCUGAAAGCCGAGGCACGAGCGAAUGUCAAAGUUUCGACGUCCUUUGGCCUGACGAUUGUAUCAACCCUGACAAUCCCACCCGAUCUUUCCAGCUCGCAUCUAUACUUCAAGAACAACGGUGAAGUCUCAGCGACGUUCACUGUUGACGCGCUUACGUCCGCCACUUUCGACACCAAGGAUGUUGAGUUGUUUGGCCUUGACCAGUUUCCAGGCGCGAUUUUCAACGUGCCCGGUAUUAUGACAGUCGGCCCCAACUUCCGUCUCUUUGGCUCUGUCGAUGCAAGUGUCGAGGUAGCCGGCCAUCUCCAAGCAGAUGUGGCUCUUGGUUCAUGGGAUAUCCAGCAGACCUAUCCAGCGGCGAAUAAGGAUUUCGAGCCCCAGGGUCUGAGUACUCCCAACAUUGACGGCACGCAAGCUGAUUUGAACGACAUGACAUUUGACUACAGCGUCACUGCCAAUGGAUCCCUCUCCGUGCAUCUCAAACCGACCUUUACAUUCGGCAUCGAGUUCAAUCCCUCUUGGAAAGUGGAUUCUUGCAAAGUUGAUCUGGUCGCGGAUGGCUUCAUUACUUUCUCAGCAGGUGCCACGACACAAUCAGGCAGCUGUCCCUUUACAUAUGGCAUAGAGGCAGGAGCGGAGCUCUACGCCAAGGUCGCUGCACCAAAAAUCUAUGGAUGGGAUCUAGGCACCGAUCACUUCAGCAUCCAGAGGACUGAGCCCAUCCCCAUCGUUCAAGGCGAUUCUUGUGCCAAAUCAGAGAAGCACAAACGAAACGUUCUCCCUCUCGGAGCCGACCAUCUCGCCACUGCUAUCGGCGCUCCAGCGAUCCACUCUUUCGAAAAGCGUAACGAUGUUAUCGGACCCCUUGUACGUCUCAAAUCUGGACUAUCGUGUCCUGGUGAAGAAACAAACAACGGAACAUACGGUUGUCCACUAUGUGGAGAUGAUGAGUCGGUCGAGUCCACAGACCUGACUCGUCGUGCUGACGGUGGAGCUACAUGUGCAUAUGAGCCAGUAGCCCCAGGUCUCGAAGCCUGUGUCGGCAACUUCGAAAGCGUGAGCAAACGCUGGAUGUCUGGCGAUGUUAUACUCGACAAACGUGUCAAACGAGCUGCGAAACCGCUUGCUUGGCAAUAUCCCCCAGGUACGAGAGCUGUUGACGUAAUUAUCAACUACUAUCCAAGUUGUUCGGCAGAUGGUCUUCCUUCGAACAUUGGAAGAUGGUACGAUUAUAAAGACAUCUCGGAAAAUGGUGUCUGCACUGCCGAAGUGGCCAAGAAGAACAAAGAUGCGGGCAAGAAUACUGUCGAUGGACGCCCGAUCGGAGAGUUUGCCAGUACGCAGAUACACCGUCCUGUUUAUUUGAUGAUGCUGACAAACAAUAGCGGAGCAUAUCUUUGA